AUGUUUCAACGACCAGCCUGUUUACAAAGCCGGCGCCAGCACAAUGGCUCGGCUGAGGAUUGGUCGACAUUUCCAGUCCGGCAAUUGUUCGUGUUAGCUCUUGUCCGGAUCUGUGAGCCCAUUGCUUUCAUGUCGAUUUUCCCAUAUGUGUACCGCAUGGUGGAGUCCUUCCAUGUGACAGAUAAUGACCGAAAGAUUGCGCUUUACGCCGGCAUGAUCACCUCGUCUUUCACCUUUGCGGAAUUCUCAGCCGGCAUGUUUUGGGGCCGCAUGAGUGACCGGAUUGGUCGCAAGCCUGUGUUGAUCAUGGGAUUAAUUGGGACCGCCCUGAGCAUGGUGGCCUUUGGAUUUGCUCCCAAUCUGGCGACAGCCAUGGUCGCGCGGGCGCUGGGUGGCCUACUAAAUGGCAACAUCGGAGUUCUCCAGACCACGGUUGCCGAGAUUGUGACAGUCAAGGAGCACCAACCCCGGGCAUAUUCCAUCAUGCCCUUCGUGUGGUGCCUGGGAUCGAUCAUUGGCCCGGCUAUGGGCGGUGCUUUGGCCCAACCUUGCGACAACUACCCAGGCCUGUUCCAGCGUAACACGCUGCUGGACCGCUUCCCGUUCCUGCUGCCCAACCUGGUGUGCAUCCUGGUGCUGAUCUGUGGCAUUGUGGUCGGAGCCCUCUUUUUGGAGGAGACUCAUCCAGAGAAGAAGCAUCGCCGUGACCCGGGUCGUGAGUUGGGCCACUGGAUUAUCAGCCACUGCUGGCGCUCGCGUGUGCAACUUCCCGACAACCCCGCGCCUCGCAAUGAGAAGUGCUACGCUUAUGAUGACCACGACAUCUCGCCCCAGGAGUACGAAAGUGUCGAAUCGUCGCCCUGCUUGCCCCCCGUGAGCGACGUUGGAUCCCCAAAUGGCGACUUGGAAGGACAGAAGAGCUCCCCGCCCAAAGCGUUCACUCGCCAAGUCAUCGUCACCAUUGUUGCUUAUGGAAUUCUCGCCUAUCACAGUGUUUCAUUCGAUCAACUGAUGCCAGUUUUUCUGAGCACUCCCAAAUCCGACGACCAAGCAGUCCUGCCACUCAAGUUCACGGGCGGCUUGGGGCUGCCUACCAAGACUAUCGGCUUUAUGCUGGCCGUUCAGGGCGUCUACUCGAUGAUCGCUCAGCUCUGGUUAUUCCCGUUUGUUGUGAAGCAUUUUGGCACCUUGCGCACCUUCCGCUUUGUGCUGCUCGCCUGGCCACCGCUCUAUCUCGCCGUGCCAUACCUGAUCCUUCUCCCCGCAAAGCUGCAGAUGCCCGCUGUCUAUGUCGCACUGAUCAGCAAGAUCACAUUCCAUGUCAUUGCAUUCCCCGCUACCGCCAUUCUCCUCGCAAAUUCCGCUCCCUCCUCGAAGGUCCUUGGAUGCAUUAACGGUGCUGCUGCAUCCACCGCGAGCCUGAGCCGUGCAUUUGGCCCCACCGUGACAGGUUUGCUGCACUCCAAGGGGCUUGAGAGCGGUUACUCUGUGCUGGCCUGGUGGGCAUGCGGCCUUGUUUGCGUAAUCGGUGCCAUUGAGAGCUUCUGGAUGGAGGAGCCAGCCGAGCCCGAGCGAUUCAAAACCGAGCAGGCCGGGGUCAGCGAGGCUGAACUGAAGCGUGAGAUACUUUCCGGGUCUUCCAUCGACGAGGAAGAACAGCGCCUUCUCUCUCUCCGAUCCAGUCUCGACCAGGACUACGAUGCCUACCACCUGGAUUCGAAUCUUGUCAAGGACUCACUUCGCCCGGAUAACGAAUCCUCUCCCACUCACCUUUGA